UAUAAUGCAUUAAAUAAAAAGUCAUGAAAGAGAGUAGGGGGAGAAAAGGCGUGUGGAAUUGAGCAAUGAAUACAAAAUGUCGAAAUCGUCUGUUACGCGCGAUCUCGGACAUUGAAGAUCGAGCUGGGCGACCCCCUACGUCACAGCCCCCAGAGAGGAGGAGCGAAGGAGAGAUGCAAGCGGGAGAAUCAACAUGGACCUGAAGGCGUUGGAGACGAAGUGGAGGACGGCGCUGAGCUCCAUCCUGGACGAGCUGACGGGCGAGGAGUUCCGGAAACUUCUGUUUAACCUGGAGAAGAUCCCUCAGGGGUUGAAGGAGGGGCGGGUGCGGGGCGAAAUGCCCAGCUUCAUCAUCCAGUACUACAGCACCGAGCUAUCCAUCACACUCAUCGACCGCCUGAUGAGGAACCUUCCCAGGCUGGACGCCGCCGUGCAGCAGCCUCUCAGAGGCAUGAAGGACGAGCUGAAGAAACUCCGGGAGAAAAGCAAAGGAGCAGCCACCACAAACGAGAAAAAACCUGCAGCUGGGACCAAAGCUGCAGCUGACUCAGGAGCAGCGACUAAGAAGAAACCUGCAGCUGCCGCGACGAGCAAACAAACUGACUCAGGAGCAGCGACUGAGAAGAAGAAACCUGCAGCUGGAGCAGCCACCACAAACGAGAAAAAACCUGCAGCUGGGACCAAAGCUGCAGCUGACUCAGGAGCAGCGACUAAGAAGAAACCUGCAGCUGGAGCAGCCACCACAAACGAGAAAAAACCUGCAGCUGGGACCAAAGCUGCAGCUGACUCAGGAGCAGCGACUAAGAAGAAACCUGCAGCUGCCGCGACGAGCAAACAAACUGACUCAGGAGCAGCGACUGAGAAGAAGAAACCUGCAGCUGGAGCAGCCACCACAAACGAGAAAAAACCUGCAGCUGCAACAACAAUACAAAAAACUGACCCAGGAGCAGCGACCAAGAAGAAGAAACCUGCAGCUGCGACGACGAGCAAACAAACGAAAGGAUCAGGAGCAGUGACUGAGAAGAAGAAACCUGCAGCUGUGGCGAAGAGCUAACAAACUGACUCAGGAGCAGCGACCAAGAAGAAGAAACCUUCAGCUGGAUCAGAGUGCUGCUCCUAUGCAGAUGAGGACGAUUUAAAGUAAUCAGAUUACUCCGCACCAACAAGACAAACACUCACCUGCAGGUGCAGUUUGAGGGUCGUUUUCAGGAAGUUUACGGAACAACUUGAGUCCUUUCUGAGGGAAUGGGCUUCAAAACCGUGGAGGAUUUCAACAAAGGCUUUUUCCACAUGCUACCUCUCACUGUGAUGGCGAACAUGCAAGGAAAGAGGAUCCUGGAAAUGAGAAUGAUCUGACAUGUCGUUUAGUUUGGGAAACGCUGUUUGCUUUGAAUCAUGUUGAGAGGUUUCAAUCGUCUCCAAUCUCAUUUUUUACUAAUAAAGAGAUUCU